CCGAGCAGAGCUCCGAGCAGCCAGUCCUCAAGCCCUCCCCAUGAGGGCUGGACAAGGAGCGAAGAGCCUGAGGCCAUCACGCCCCAGUUCUCCCCGCUGAUCCCUGCGGUGGUGACUGGAAGCCAUGGCCGGGAAGGACAGCAGGGCGCCAGGCUCCAGCCAGAGACAAAGCUCGAGGUUAAACAGGGCGGCCGGGAGGGGAGGCAGAAGGGAAGGCGGUUCCCAAUAGGAUGGGACCAACCCCCCAGCAAGGCAUCUUCUGGAGAGCACUGACCGCAGCAUCGGGUUAAAAACCUGACUGUAGGUAACGGGCUCUGAAAGGUUUUCCCUACACUGAAUGAUGCUGUGUGUACACAGCUUUAUGACCAAACAGAUGGUAGCGAAAUCCCAAGCUUUCUGUCGCUGCGUUGCAGGGAACUGAAGUCAGGAGCAAGUAGGUGACGUGGUCCGCCCGUGCCAUGUCAGCCCCCAACCAAUCCAGCACCAGUUCUUUGCCUUUUCUCCUGACGGGAAUCCCUGGCUUGGAAGAUGUCCACACAUGGAUUUCUGUCCCAUUCUUCUUGAUGUACAUCAUGGCCUUGCUGGGGAACAGCAUGGUCCUGCUUGCUGUGAGGCUGGACAAGACUCUCCAUGAGCCCAUGUACUACUUCAUUUCCAUGCUGGCUGUCAUUGACCUCAUCUUCACAACCGCUGUGGUUCCCAAAAUGCUGGGCGUAUUCUGGCUGGGCUCCAGAGAGAUUGCUUUUGAGGCUUGCUUCACCCAGAUGUUCUUCAUCCACACGUCCACCGCCGUGGAGUCAGGGCUACUCCUGGCGAUGUCCUUCGACCGCUACGUGGCCGUCUGCAACCCCCUGCGCUACGUCACCAUCCUAACGAGCUCACGCACCGUGCAGAUGGGGCUGCUCUCCCUGGCCCGGGGAGCUGCUGUCAUGACCCCGUUGAUGUGCCUCCUCACCAGCUUGCCCUACUGCAGGGACAGGCUCAUCCCUCACUCCUACUGCGAGCACAUGGCCGUGGUGGAGCUGGCCUGUGCCGACCCAUCGGUCAGCGAUCUCUACAGCAUCAUCGUGGCGACGCUGCUGGUCGGGACAGACUCUGCCUUCAUCGCUUUCUCCUACGGGAUGAUCCUGAGGUCGGCGCUGAGGCGGCCGUCCCGGGAGGCUCGUCUCAAGGCCCUCAGCACCUGCGGGUGCCACGCGUCCGUCGUCCUCCUGUUCUACGCGGGCGGUCUCCUCUCCAUGUACCUGCAGAUGUUCUCUCUUGGCUUGGCGCCUCACACCCAGGUCCUGGUGGCUGAUUUCUAUUUGACGGCCCCUCCCAUGCUCAACCCGCUCAUUUACGGCGUAAAGAUGAAGCAGAUCCGGGACGCGAUUUUCCGACUGCUGGAGCAGUUGCCAGGACUCAGGUUCUCAGAUGCUCGCUGAGGCAGUUCCAGAUGCUAAGACAGCAAGGCACGGCCAGGAAACUGCUUAUCCUGCCCUAGAUUGCAUGACAGUAGGUGCAAUGAAUGGACCCCAGCAAUGUCCAUUUUUCUCCAGUGUCUGGAAAGGGAACCUGGACCAGGUGACAGGAGUGGCCGUGGCUCAUUUCAGGAAAUUGCACUGCUCUCUAAUUUUGCAAAGAGCGAAGGCGGGUCAGCACCUGCUUUGGAGGGAGGGUGGUCUAGUCAAGAAAUAAGGAAAACGUUUCCUGUAAAAUGUGACGCCUCUGUCCACCUUUGCUUGCUUCCUUCCUCCCUUUCCAGGUCAUCCAACAAUCUGCUUGUUGUGCCUCUGAGCAGCUCAAAGCAA